AUGCCAAAUAAGGUGCCUCGCCAGCUGUUUGGCCUUUGUACCCCAGAAUUCGAAUCAAUCAAUAUCGACGAGAAGCGAAGAAACUUGCGAUUUGAAAUGUCGAUCAUACGGAAAUCCCACAACGAUGCAGAUUGUUGGUUGAGGUGCAAAGAUAUGGAGGUUGAGAAGGCUCUCCCGGCCGUCACAAAUUUGACAGUUAAUGAACAAGGGGGUCUUGAGUGGAAUAUGGUUCCCGGUGCGGUGUUGUACAUUGUGAAAUACAAGACAUCCUCAGCCCCUGACUUCUCGAAUGGUAAUACUAUGAUAGCAAAUUCGAAUCAAAUUGGACAACUGACCCCGUUAUCUGGAGAUAUCUGCGCCACGAAAAAUGCCAUCGUCGUUCCAGUAUCGGAAGAUGGCAUCGGACUUCCAAGCGACGUUGUCAACCUUCCCGCUCCGAAACCAACAGCUGACCCGAAACUUGAAAUUGUUAGCAUCAAAUAUCGAAACGAGCCAUUUGUCAGUGAUUUGUAUGAAGCAAAUGGAACGAUUGAUGUGACAUUCAGAUACCACGCCUAUGACUGGCCGCUCGGAUUGGAAGAUCUCGAAGUCACUCCAUUAUUUCAUUUGAUUUCUUGUGUUGAGCCGGAUCUCAGCCAGGGAAUUCCUCUUCCGGAAUUCAUUCCCGGAAGUUCGCCGUCAACUUUAAUCGGCUCCCUCGGAUCUGACAUGAUGUACCGAAAAUGCAAAUUCGUUUAUUAUCUUCAGAGCAUUGCUAGUAAGACAUGUGCGACUUCCACUGAAAUGCACUCUCCGCCAUCCGAUGCACUACAAACUGUUCAGAUCCAAUGCGAUACAGUUUCCGGGGCUCCAUGUAUUUCAGAACCAAACUAUGCAAGUCCAAUUUGCGGUCAAAUUGAUUUCAUCAAAUAUGAGCCUAUCGAGCCCGACUUUGAUAUCAAUGACCCAACCGCGAAUGUCACUCUCAAUGUCACAUUUACUCCACUCCACCGGACAAAUGAAGCUCCAACAAUUUACUAUGUGGGAAUAUAUGGAACCGCAGUCAAUUAUCCAUCGAAAGAGGAGGAAACAUUUCUUGGUGUUAACAUUACCAAAUUGAUUGGAACUGCUUCAAGUUGUCAGCGUUUGAGCCAAAAUGGAGAGUGCAUGGAGGCGAAUUUCAACAAUUCGUUGAUUAUUCCGAACAUUCAUCCCCAGACAAUGUAUGGUAUCACGAUCUGUGCAAUAAAGGAUCCGCGGAAUCUCAUACUUCCCGACGUCACCUCAGUUUCGCGAUCAAUCAAACCAAAAGCGAACAGAAUAAUUCUAGAGGAGACUUCGCACAAAAAUUCGGCUGGACUCAUUGUCGGCGUCGUUCUUGGCGGCGUUGCAAUUGGAAUCAUUCUUGUCGGAAUUGUCAUUUAUUAUCUGCGCACGAAGCAUCGCAAACAAGAAAAACUGUACAAGCUGAAAAUCGCGCAAAUUGAGCGAGAGACCCAGAAUCGCUACACCGAUUUCCCCGUCAUGCACAAACACGAUAUUUGGGAAAUCGAGCGACGAAAUCUCAUUAUUCACAAUGACAAAAAAUUGGGGUCGGGCGCGUUCGGCGCGGUGUACCUCGGAAAAUUGAUCGGCAAAUCAUUGGCGCACAAAGAUGCGAAUUCGCCGUUGGCUGUGAAUUUGAUGCGAGCCGAAAACUGUGAGGUUGCUGUCAAAAUGCUACCGGAAUAUGCUGACGAUAUGUCGAAGAGAGAAUUUCUGCGAGAAAUUGGACUCAUGAAAACAUUGGGUUAUCAUGAAAGACUUGUCAAUAUGUUGGCAUGCAUCACUGAUUCCGAACCAUUGUGUCUCGUCGUUGAGUAUUGCUCUGAUGGAGAUUUACAUCAAUAUUUGCGAGCAAGAUGCAAGUAUAUGAUGAAGCUUGAUGAACUUGGAAUAAACUAUCAUGAUCCGCCAAUAAACGAUAAUUACGAUCCAAAUAUGGUUAUUACAAUCAAGCAACUUCUUCAAUUUGCAGUACAGAUUAGUUAUGGAUUAGAAUAUUUAUCCCAAAAAGGAUUUGUGCAUCGCGAUGUCGCUGCUCGAAAUGUUCUUGUUCAUAACGGAACUGCUUGCAAAAUCGGGGACUUUGGAUUGUGCCGAUACAUUUAUGCGGAUCAGGCGCAAUAUAAGAGUAAAGGAGGAAGAUUGCCGUUGAAAUGGAUGUCGCCAGAAGCUAUUCGGCAUUAUGAGUUUUCCAUAAAAAGCGAUGUGUGGUCAUUUGGAAUCUUAUUAUUCGAAGUAAUCACUCUUGGAGGUUCACCGUAUCCAGGAAUGCCACCAGAAGAUGUUUUACCGUUUUUAGAAAAUGGUGGAAGAAUAGAGCAACCUGAUAAUUGUCCUGACGACUUUUAUGAGGUCAUGAAGGAAUGCUGGCAUACUGAUCCAGACGAACGUGCCGAAUUCUCAGAAAUUCGGCAAAAACUUGCUGCUCAGUUGGAGGAAAUAACUGAAGAUUACAGUUAUCUGAAAUUAGAUGCAGCUAAGGAUUAUUAUAAUGUACAAUAUGAUGAUAAAAAGAAAGAAUUGGUGAUAAUACCCGAAGGUGCUUCAAAAACUGUUGAUCGGAAACAAUCGUUAAUCGAUCCGAUCAUUCUAAAGGAAAAUUUCAAUGAAGAAGUUCAAAUCUAA